AUGAGUUCAUCUGAGUUAGAGUUUUACGAUAAACUCAUGGCGAGUCCUAGAAAUGAGCAACAAACAUUUAGUAAGGAACCUUUACAGACGAGCACUUUAUUAAUGGAAAAACCAAUGAAAUCUGCAGGGUAUAAAAACCAAGAAAAAAGCACUAAGGCAAAACCAAUAGUUUUAACCAGGAUUGAAGUUGUGGUGCCAGACGGACAUAAACGAGAACUAGACAAGUUUAAUUCGAUGGCCCCACCAAAAUUGAGUUUUGAAGACUGUUUUCUUCAGCUAACAUCAAACAACAUGAAUGUCUCAAUGCCAGAUAGAAAUUCAUCAGGUUUUCCUCCCCCAAGUGUAACACAGCCCAAGUUAAAACAGCCAAAAACGGAGAAACGAGUGAUUCAAGAAAGAAUUUUGCAAAAAAGCAAAGGAAAAAGAACUGAAACCAAACAAAAUAACAAAACUGUAAAUAAUAUAAAAAUAGUCAUCUUACAAGAGAGACAUGAAAGAGAAAAAUCUUUGAUUGAAUCCUUGAAGAAUUUGUAUUUGAUAACAUGA